AUGUCCCCAAAACGAGCUUGCGAUGCCUGUAUCUCCCGCAAAGUCAAAUGCAACGGCUCCUGGCCCUGCGAUACUUGUCGAAAUGCUGUCAAGCGCAUUCCCUGUACGUACCUGAGGCCUGUGCGCAAGAGAGGUCCGAAGGCUCGACGUGUUACUUGGGGCCUGGAUUCCGACGUACCAUUUGAAUCUUCAUCAAAUGGGAGCCAGGGUUGGUCCAGCUUGGAUGAUGUGUUGGAUGAUUCGAAGAGAGCGCGAGAGAUCCAGGAGUCUUAUAUGCCCCGGCGCAUUUCUAAAAGGAUACUUGCGCCCAUCAUACGGCUUUACCAGGAGUAUUCGUAUAGUGUUUGGCCAGUUGUUGAUACAGAUGCUCUACUGGGGGAUCUUGAUGAUAUAGAGCCGGAAAAGACAAGCAACGGGUCCAAGUAUCUGGCUUGUCUAGCUACAGCUCUCUGUGCGGCUACAAUGGCUCAGUUGCAUCUUGCUCCGGUAGUGGACGGAUCCCAGAUAUUGGAUAGCUCCUCUAUGGCACAAGCAUGCUUGCGGAUGCGGGGCAGCUGUGAUAGCCAAGGGGAAGAUCUUGAUAUCAGCAGUGUUCUCGUUUCAUUUUUCCUACAUGUUUACCAUGCUAAAGUCAAUCAGCGAAACUCGGCUAUGAUGUACAUCCAAGAGGCUAUCUCGAGGGCGAAGAUUCUGCGUCUGGAUGAAGGGAGCUUGCAGGAGUCUAUUGACUCUGGAUUGGGUAGCCAUCUGAUUGCGAAUAAGGAGCUGGUUUUUCCCUUGCUCUGGAUUUCGGAGAGAGGAUGGGCACUGCAUCUGGGUCUCUCACCAUCAUGUCUCGACCGUCCUGCCCUUCCAGAUCUGGAGGAUUACCGAGAUGCCGAUAUCUAUGUACAAGGACUUCUGGAUCUGGUGAGGCUUUUUACCGCAUUUGAUCAGAUCUCAGUUCGUCGAAAGCCCUCUCUUGGAAUUACCUCUGCCACAGAAUUAACCGAGAUCGAGAACAAGCUUUCUUCAUUAUGUCUGAGCAUUUCUGACCAGGUCACAACUCGGACGGCAGACUGCCAUAUUACCCGGGAAUGGAUGAGAACUAUUAUCUGGCAAGAGGCUUUGUCCGUGGGACUGUUAUCCUCUGCCUCAUUUGCAGAUGUCAUGACCUUUGGGUUCCCGGCUCAAGUUGGUCAUGAUCUCCUUCAAGCUCUUAGGUGCUUUUCUCAAUCGGAUUUGUUACCGCUGGGACGGGAUCAAUUGUUAAAAUGCUUCGAAGUCGCAAACUCGCUCGCAGACACCGUUCUUCUUACGUCCUUGUCCUCUCCACCAGGGUUCGAGUUGGGGCCCCAGGACUUUCUGCAUGCGCUGUAUCAGAAACUUGCACCAUUUCUGGAGCAAGACGACGUGCUCAACUCAAUAUUGCGCACCAAAACUGCCGAGGUUCUAGUCAUGACGCCAGCUCGUCUAUUAACGAGACAGCUUGGCGAUAAUGGCUUCCAGGGACAUGAAUCGGGUAAGGAAAAAGGUCAAUUGAACAACAGCAGCAGCAGCUGGAAGUGA